AUGCAUCGUUCAACAGCUACUAGCUUCCAACGCUACCUUUUCAGCCAUCAAAACCAAAUCCAGUUGGCCAAACACGUUACUAAACCCUGUGAUGUUUUCCUCAAUCACAGAGGGAUAGACACAAAGCGAACAAUAGUAUCUUUGCUUUACGACCAUCUUUCUCGACUAAACCUGCGGCCUUUCUUGGACAACAAGAAUAUGAAACCUGGAGAUAAACUGUUUGAUAAGAUUGAUAGUGCAAUAAGGAGUUGCAAGGUCGGUGUUGCUGUGUUCUCGCCGCGCUAUUGUGAUUCUUACUUUUGCCUUCAUGAACUAGCCAUGUUCAUGGAGUCCAAUAAGAAGGUGAUUCCUAUAUUCUGUGACAUUAAGCCCUCUCAGCUUCGUGUCGUGGACAAUGGGCAAUGUGAUGUGGAGAAGCUGAGAAGGUUUAGGUCGGCUCUUGAACAGGCUAAAAGCACCGCAGGUCUGACGUUCAACUCCUCAGAAGGGAAUUUGGCAGAUGUUGUGACAACUGCUGCAAAUUGUGUAAUCAACAGCCUGAUCGAGAUCGAUGACCAAAAGAAUUCUAUGCAGCGUCCAAAGACUCCAUUUCAUUUAUAGCUCAUAUAAGACCCACUGCAACUGAUCCUUGAUUACUUCGGUUAAUUCGUUCACUACAUCAAUUUUUUUAUUUGUAUUCCGGCCAAUAUUGUUGAUUAACCUUGAGCCUGCUUUCUUCACAAAUGUAAUAAAGAAUCAUUUAAUUCUUUACUUAUCCUAUAACUACCAUCAUUUGGUCUCUUGACAUAAAUCUUUUCAUUACAUAUCGAGUGCACUAAAGACCAGUCAAUGUGUAAUGUAAAUGUGUUUUAGAGAAACGGUAAUUGAGAGAAAGUUGCUGUGUAUUCUCAUUGAUAAUAGGUGCCCCUCUUUAUAUAGAUGAUUACAAUGCAUAGAAUCUGAAUUAUACAAGGAAAGGUAAUCAUACAAUGAAUGGAUCGGAUAUCUCUUAGAUUCUCCGAGAUUAUCUCUAAUUAAAACCCUAUUACCACUAGGUCAAGUAACCUAGAGUUUGGGCCAGACACAAAAUAGAGAUUUACUUGAACACUCCCCAUUGUGUCGCCCA